AUGAUUUUGAGUAACCCCAAGUCAAAACCACCAGCACGAAUUGAAAGAUGGAAUCUCAGAAUUCAAGAUUUUGACUUUAACGUUGUUUAUACCAGUGGUGCUAACAAUGAAUCAGAUUUUCUGUCUCGGCAUCCGUUAAGCAGAGAUGUAGACCAUACACAAGAGGAUGCCGCUGAGAAUUAUGUCAAUUUCCUUACAACCCAUGCCAUCCCGAAAGCAAUGACAUUACAGGAAAUAAAGGAUGAAACCAAAAAGGACAAAACAUUGCAAGGACUUGCUAAAAUUAUUCGUGAACAAUUGUGGGAUUCCAAACCCAAAUGGCAUGAACUCAACACAGACAAUGAUGAUAUACGUAAGUAUAUAAACGUUCGGGACGAAUUAACCAUUAAUGACGAGGCAGAUAUAGUUUUGCGAGGGUCUCGUAUUGUUAUACCUCGUUCCCUGCAUCACCGAGCCAUAUCCAUCGCGCACGAAGGUCAUCAAGGCCUUGUCAGAACAAAACAAUUAAUACGUGAGAAAAUAUGGUUUCCAGGCAUAGAUAAGGCUGUUAGGGAUAUGAUUGGCAGCUGUAUUGCAUGCCAAGCCAACAGUCACCCGAAUCCACCAACACCACUAAAAAUGAAUGAUCUACCUCCUGAACCAUGGCACACAAUACAUUUAGACUUUUGUGGUCCCUUUCCCACCGGAGAGUAUGUUCUAGUUGCUAUUGAUGCAUAUUCUCGUUUCCCUGAAGUGGAAGUUAUUCACUCCACCUCUGCCAAAGCAACAACAUUAAAGCUCGAGCGAAUAUUUUCAACCCAUGGACUUCCACAAAUCAUUAAAAGUGACAAUGGCCCCCCGUUCACUAGCACAGAAUUUAAAACAUAUAUGCAAGAGAAGGGUAUUGAACAUCAACGCAUAACACCACUGUGGCCGCAGGCAAAUUCAGAGGCUGAGAAUUUCAUGAAGUCCAUGACAAAAGCAAUUCGAGCAGCGAUUACAGAACAGAAGAAUUGGAAGAAGGAACUCUAUAGUUUCUUGUUAAAUUAUCGGGCAACGCCACAUAGUACAACCAAGUUCUCUCCUGCAGAACUUUUAUUUAAUCGUAAAAUUAAAAUGGAACUGCCAAACCCAGUGCAUCAGAUGCAGGACACUGUAAAAGACCAGCAAGUCCGAGAGAAUGACGUCAAAGCUAAGGAACGAAUGAAAGCAAAUGCAGAUCGAGUGAAAAAUGCGAAAGAGUCAAAAAUGUUUAUUGGUGAUACUGUACUGGUACGUCAAAGAAAACACAACAAAUUCUCCCCACGGUAUGAUCCCAAACCAUAUCGGAUCACUAAAAUUAAUGGCACCAUGGUAACCGCUUCACACCCAGGACAUUCCAUCACCCGGAAUAUUUCCUUUUACAAAAAGAUUCAACCACAACCUGGUAAGGAAGAGUGGCAAGACAGUGAUAACAUGGGAGGUGACUUAAGUGAUGAUGUAGCUGAUGAAAUCAACGAAGACGGUGAAAAUGAAGUACAAGGGAGGAGAUAUCCACAGAGAGACAGGCAACCAACCAACCCAAAGAUACGAUCAGAAUAA